GUCCUUAUUCAGUAGAAUUCUCUCACCUUACAUUAUUGCUUUGGCUUAUUAGUGUAGCAGAGUUGAAACAUAUGUGUUGUAGACUAUUGGUGAAUAGUUACGAAAAGUAGCUGAUGCUACGUAGCGCACACUUAUCGGAACAUCAUGGCAGAGGAAACUUUGAUGAUCAACUUUUCGACCCCUGAAAAUUUUAAAGCACCCAAGACCUAUCGGGGCUCUUUCAAAGCGCGUGACAAGUGGGCACAGAAAAAGCAGGCGGCUGCCUUGAAACGCAAGGCUUCAGGAGAGCGUCCCGCUCCGUCAUUCAAACACAAGAAAGCUCGUCAUUCAGACCAGACGCCUGAUUCACAGCCGACUCCUCUCAGCCCGAAAUCUCCUCAGAAGCAUAAAAAGAACUCCCAGUCAGAGCAGACCUCCAAGCCUCAGAAUGUACCCCCCAGCCCGAAAUCUCCCCAGAAGCACAAAAAGCAUUCUGAGCCAGAGGAGUCCUCCAACGCAGAGGACCAGAGUGCACCUCCCGUCCCCAAGUCUCCUCCAGAACAGAAGAAGCCUCCUCAGUCCGACCCGGAGCAGGACACCCCUGGAUCCCCCGGUCCUAAGACAUCUCCACGGAAACCGGGCCGGGGUGGGCAGGGUGCGCAGGGGAAGAGGGGCGCUGGUCAGCGGCCGGCAGACAGGAAGCGGGGCGAUGGCAGCGGGGCAGCAGCGGGCGGCAAAGCCGUCAUCAAGACCUCCAGCCUCUUCAGAAACAACCCCGACAUCCCCAGUGUCCCGGCUCCUAGUGUGACCCAGCUGAAGGAAAAGGUCUUCACCAGCGACUCCUUCUCUGAGCUGGACCUGCAUCCCCACCUGGUGGCAACACUCAACAAGGUCCUGAAUGUGUCCAGUAUGACCAGCGUCCAGAAACAGACCAUUCCCGUGCUACUAGCGGGAAAAGACGCCGUUGUGCGCUCUCAAACCGGUUCAGGGAAGACGUUAGCCUAUGGCAUUCCCAUUGUGCAGUCACUACAGGCAGUAGAGCCCAAAAUUAAGCGAGGAGACGGGCCCCUGGCUGUGAUUGUGGUCCCUACGAGAGAGCUGGCCCAACAGAGCUUCCAGAUCUUCCAGAAGCUUGUAAAGCCAUUCACGUGGAUAGUUCCAGGAGUGUUGAUGGGCGGGGAGAAGAGGAAGGCAGAGAAAGCCAGACUGAGGAAAGGCAUCAACAUCCUGGUGUCCACUCCUGGGCGGCUGGUUGACCACAUCAACAACACACUCAGCAUCGUCUUCAGCAGCGUGCGCUGGCUCAUCCUCGACGAAGCCGACAGGACUCUGGAUCUGGGCUUUGAGAAGGACCUGGCGGUCAUCCUGAACGCCCUCAAUGGUGGCGGCUCCCCCAGACAGAACGUGCUGCUCUCUGCUACACUCACCGAAGGAUUGUCCCGACUGGCUGACAUCAGCAUGAAGGACCCCGUGAGCGUGCACGUGUCGGAGGACGGGAAGAGCGCGCCCGUGUGUGGGGGUGGAGAUGAGAAGGCCCGGGCUGCCCCUGUGUGUGAGGGGGUGGAGCAGGUGCAGCAGGUGGAGCAGGCGGAGAGGUUCGCCAUCCCUGAGAAGCUCCAGCAGCACAUGGUGGUGGUCCCCAGCAAGCUGCGCCUGGUCUGCCUCGCCGCCUUCAUCCUGGCCAAGUGCAAGUUUGAGAGUGGGCAGAAGCUGAUCGUGUUCCUGUCGAGCUGUGAGGCGGUGGAGUUCCUGCUGUCGCUGCUCUCCGCUGUUCUGUGUGGAGAACGAGGAGACGAGACCACGCCCCCCAAGAAGGCUCCGCCCAAAAACAAAGCCACCCCCGCGCCCACACCCAUCAACUUCCUGCGACUGCACGGGAACAUGAAGCAAGAGGAGAGGAUGGAGGUGUUCCAGGAGUUCUCCCAGUGCAGGAGUGGUGUGUUGCUCUGUACCGAUGUUGCAGCUCGAGGACUGGACCUCCCUCAGGUGACCUGGAUCAUACAGUACAACCCUCCCCUCUCGGCUGCGGAGUACGUCCACCGUGUGGGCCGAACAGCGCGUAUCGGCGCCGAAGGCUCCAGCCUCCUCUUCCUCACGCCAGCAGAGGUGGCCUACGUGGACGUCCUGGCCAAUCACAACAUCAGCUUGGCUGAGAUGAAACUGGAGGAGAUUUUGUCUGUGCUGAUGAAAGAUGAGCGAUUCCGUGGCCGAGGACGUUGGGACCAUAAGAAGGGUCAGGCGGUGGUUGAGCAGGAGAUGCGUGAGCGAGCCACGGUGUUCCAGACGGACUUUGAGAACGUAGUCCACGCCAGCGACGAGUCUGUGCAGACCGCCAAGAGAGCGCUGCAGUCGUUUGUGCGGGCCUACACCACCUACCCCUCGGGUCUGAAGCACAUCUUCCACCUGCGGAGCCUCCAUCUGGGUCACGCCGCCAAGAGCUUCGGCCUGAGAGACGCCCCACGGAACCUCACGCAGAACGCAGGGGAGAACCCGCGCAAGAACAAGAACAAGGACAAGAACAAGGACAACAAGCGUAAGCCGGGCAUGAGUGAGCGUAAGCGCGUGGCUCACCUGCUGUGCUCUGAGUUUGGGGACGGAGCCGACUCCAGCGCUCUCAAGAAGAAGAAGAAGAGGAGGAAGAAAGGAAAGAUGACGGAGGAGGAGGACGACACGAUGGAGGGAUGAAGCACAAAGCACUCUCUCAAUUACUCACACACACACACACACACAUACACACCCUCACCCACCCUUACCUGUUGCAUCCCACUCCCAUGGGGUGGUCAGCUGUGUAUGAGUCUGGUGUGUGUGUGUGGAUCAUCAUGGCCUUUUUGGACUCAGAAGGCAGCACGUGAUGAAAUGUAUUUCUACAAAUGUCUGUAGAUAUUUGUAUUGUUUUUGCAGUGUUUGUUUUACAGUGAACUAAAAUAUCUCUUAAUAUUUCCGAAAAA